GUCAUGACAUAUUUAAAGCCACUUAGCCCUUUGCCAGCAAUGCAACAAGAAUUCCAAGCGGCGUGACUUUUGUCAGCCUUUUAAGCUUUCUUGUUCUCUCUGGGAACAAUGACUUGUUUUCACAAUGGUCAAAUUCUUUUCGCCUGGAUGAGCCUGCAGUUAAAGCCGUCACGCUUUAAGGGUCACCAAUUCAAUCAUCGUCAGGUCGACGGAACUUCUUGGUGUGGACGGUUUGCCUUUAGAUUAGUUUUCUUCCUGCGUUCUGGGAUGCCUUAAUAAUAGGUCAGUUGGCCUAGUGGUGGUUGGAAAGAGAAAUCUGUGGUUAGGUUUCUGUGAAUGUGUUGUUUUAGUAUUAGCAAGGCAUUUAGAAAGGCUUUUAGUAUGUUAUUGUUUGCUUCAUAGUAAAAUAUACUGCAGGAACAAAAAUAGUUGGGCAAUGUUUAUGACAAAAACAGAAAUCCACGGUUUGUAAUGGAUUUAGGACAAUAUAUUUUUUGAGAAAUACUCUCAACAUCACAAAAUAAGUACGACUAUGUGUACUGUAUACAUACAAAAACACACACAAAGAGUAUCUUGCACUCGACAUGGUCCCGGUUGAAGCUACUCUCCGUUUUUCCUUCAGCACUUUUUUAUCAAUGGUAAACAUUAGCCCACUCUGGAACAGAAUCCUCUGACUGCUGCACGGCAGGCUAAAUGACACGGAACGAAGAAGAGCGGAGAGACGGCUGAGUGAUGGUUGCGUCUUACAUUUCUGUGUGGGUGUCUGAGGAAUGAUGGAGGGAUGAGGAGUGAUUGUGAGAGCCACUGUUUUUCCGUUCCUGCUCCUCCCGCCCGGGCUGAGUGCUUGUUAGCGCUGACCUGCUCCACAGCUGGCCGCCCUUGGGCCAUCCUGGCAGGUUCACCUGGCGUGGGAGGGACAGGGCGAUGGCCCGCAGUGGUCACCAUUGUGACGACUGCCAGCAUUUGUCAGGGCGGUGAUUACAAGUUGGUUUGUGUUGCAAGUGUCUGUGUUUUGUCACUGUGUACCACAGAAAUAUGUUAAUUUUAGAGCAGUGGGUAGUAGUGUCCAGUUGUGUUUCACUUCACGUUCUCUUCUCUUGUUUAAGUUUGGUUAGAGUUCUUAAAACUUACUUGCGUUGUGGUGCUUGAUUUGGCUUCUUUUGUUUAACAAAAUUCAUUAACAUUCUCUCCAGCCAAUUGAAAAAUACCACUUUAGAGUUUAAUAUACAUUUUUCCACCACACUUUUUCCUUGAUUACUGGAAUAUACUGCUUUGUCCCUCAUUUUUUAUCCAUUUCUGCAGUUGUUAUGUCUGGCUGUUGUCUGGCUAUAAAAAUAGAGGGUUGAAAUUUAGAUGAAACAGAUGACUGAGGGUUUAAAGUGUUGCUUAAGCUUCUGAGUUUCUGUGGAGCUUUGGCUACACGAGUAGUGUUAAGAGUGAUAGAAGAGUGCUGCAGAGAAAUAUACAAAUCUAAAGAAGGCUGCAACAAAAGAAAUAUAUGGACAGAGGGUUCCGUUCAAAGCGCAUGAAACACAAAUGGGCAGUGUCAGUACUUCCAUUUGGGAAAUGCAGCUCUAUAGUUUGGACUACUGUGAUGUUUCAGUUGGCCCCUUCAAGUGACCAGGACAAGUUUCCAUGUUUGGUGAGCACACAUUCACUGGCUGCAAAUUAGUUUAACAUCUGGUCAUGAACUGGGGAGUUAAAAGGCUGCUGAAAGAGUGUGGAGGAAGGAAUGAAAGAGAUGACCGGGGAAUCAAUGGGAGGGGAAGAGAGUGAGGGAUGAUUGGCAGAAGGGACGAGGAUAAAAAGGGCGAGGAGCGAAAGAAGGAAAAAGCGGGAUAAGUUUUGGCCCACUGAUGUCUCCAGCAGGAGGAAAUGCUUAGCACAUUUUCCGGCUCUGUGCACAUGGGAGUUAUUUUUAGCUCUGAAGGGCCGAUCAAACGGUGGUGCAUAAAUUCCCAGAGCAGGCAAGGGCUCCAACGUCACAGAUACAUGCACGGAGAUGCUCAUGCACGGCGUCCUCUUGAAGAUUUCAGCUGGAAACAUACAAGAGAGGAUUUUCUUCCUGUUUGACAAGCUUCUGGUUUACUGCAAAAAGAAAAACAGGCGUUUAAAAAACAGCAAGACGGCAACAGAGGGUCCUCGCUACCUGUUCAGAGGGAGAAUCAACACGGAGGUGAUGGAGGUGGAAAAUGUGGAUGACGGCACGGCUGACUACCACAGCAGCGGGAACAUAGUAAACAACGGCUGGAAGAUCCACAACACGGCCAAGAACAAGUGGUUCGUCUGCAUGGCCAAGACCCCGGAGGAGAAGCAGGAGUGGCUGGAGGCCAUCAUGAAAGAGAGGGAGCGGAGGAAAAGUCUGAGGCUCGGCAUGGAGCAGGAUACGUGGGUGAUGGUGUCAGAGAAGGGAGAGAAGCUCUACCACCUCAUGACCAAGGGUAACCUCAUUAAGGACCGUAAACGCAAGCUCACCACCUUUCCCAAGUGCUUCCUGGGAAGUGAGUUUGUGUCUUGGCUGAUGGAAAUUGGCGAGACAGGCAACCCAGAGGAAGGGGUUCACCUGGGUCAAGCGCUGCUGGAGAAUGGAAUUAUCCACCAUGUCAUGGACAAACACCAGUUCAAACCUGAGCCUGUACUGUACCGCUUUCGCUACGACGAUGGCACCUACCACCCCAGAAGUGACAUGCAUGAUGUCAUAUCUAAGGGUGUUCGGCUCUUCUGCCGUCUUCACAGCCUCUUCACUCCUGUCAUCAGGGACAAGGACUACCACCUGCGGACCUACAAAUCAGUGGUGAUGGCCAACAAGCUCAUAGACUGGCUUAUUGCACAGGGGGACUGCAGAACCAGGGAGGAGGCGUUGAUCUUGGGGGUGGAGCUGUGCGACAAUGGCUUCAUGCAUCACGUGUUGGAAAAGAGUGAAUUCAAGGACGAGCCCUUGUUGUUUCGUUUCUUCGCUGAUGAGGAGAUGGAGGGUUCCAACACCAAACACAAACCUAUGAAGCACGACCUGAAGAUAGUUGAGAACGUCAUCUCCAAGUCUCUCCUGAUAAGGCCCAGUGACGGAGGCUACGGCUUCAUGCUGGAAGAGAGAAACAGAGUCCCCAUCAUCAAAUCUGUAGAGAAGGGCUCCCCAGCUGAGAUGGCUGGCCUGGAGGUGGGGAAGAAGUUGUUUGCCAUAAAUGGAGACCUGGUGUUCCUCAGGCCUUUCUCUGAAGUGGAAGCUCUCCUCAGGCAGUGCUUCAACAGCAAAGGACCCCUCAGGGUGCUGGUUAGCACCAAGCCAAGAGAGACGGUCAAGAUCCCAGACUCCGCCGAUGGGUUGGGUUUCCAGAUCCGUGGCUUCGGUCCUUCUGUGGUCCAUGCCGUUGGGAGAGGCACGGUGGCAGCCAUCGCCGGUCUCCACCCGGGCCAGUGCAUCAUCAAGGUGAACGGCAUCAAUGUGAGCAAGGAGAGCCAUGCCAGCGUCAUCGCUCAUGUCACCGCGUGCAGGAAGUACCGUCGACCCACACAGCAAGACACUAUAAAGUGGGUGUACAACAACAGCGAGAGCGCCCAGGAGGACAACCAGACAACAAACCAGAAACCAAACUCUGAGGAGAAUGGAGACGGCUUCGAGUGUAAAGUAGAAGAGGUGAUGGACAAAUUCAACACCAUAGCCAUCAUCGACGGCAAGAAGGACCAUGUCAGUUUGACGGUAGACAACGUCCACCUGGAGUACGGAGUGAUGUACGAGUACGACAGCACAGCCGGCAUCAAGUGUCACGUACUGGAAAAGAUGGUCGAACCAAAAGGAUUCUUCAGCCUCACUGCUAAGAUCCUGGAGGCGCUGGCGCGUAAUGAUGACACGCUGGUGCAGAUGUGCGGCAGGUUGAGUUCCAGCUGUGAUGUGAUCCCAGAGGAGCUGCAGGUACGCUUCAGUGCCAUGUGUGGGGAGAGGGUGGAGCACAUCAACCGGCGUAUCACCAACUACAGAAAGUUUUCCCGGGUACUGAAGAAUAGAGCGUGGCCCACCUUUAAGCAGGCUAAAGCCAAGGUGUCCCCCCUCCAUAGCAGCGACUUCUGCCCUACAAACUGUCAUAUCAACGUGAUGGAGGUGUCCUACCCAAAGACCACCACCUCUCUGGGUAGUGCCUUCGGUGUGCAGCUGGACAACAGGAAGAACACGAUGGAGAAGGGAGGACGCAGCAGUGCUGAGCAGGGUAAGCUAAACCCGAUGGUUAACGUCCAGCAUACUAUCACCACGAUCGCCGCACCAUCAGGUCAUAGCCUGGGCAGGACAGAGGGUCACGGCCUUCGCUUCCUGCUCAGAGAGGAAGACCUGCUCAUCCUGGACUCCUACCAGAAGCUCCUCUACAAACUCACCAUGGUGGUCAAGGAGAUGGAGACGCACGGUGCCCAUAUUCACGACCUCUUAUCCUCCAUCACCCAUCCUCCGGCGUCAGAGGCGAGGACCCCGGAGAGCUACAUAUCAGCAGAGAGUGAGGGGGAGAAAGGGGAGCGGAACGGGAAGAAAGUGUGUUUUAAUGUAGCGGGGGACGAGCAGGAGGACUCCGGACACGACACCAUCAGCAACAGAGACUCAUACAGUGACUGUAAUAGCAACAGGAACUCCAUUGCCUCCUUCACCAGUAUCUGUAGCAGCCACUGUAGCUCCUACGUGCACAGCGAUGAGAUGGACUCAGGAGAUGAGAUGCCCUCCAGUGUGUGGCUGUCCCAUGAUAAGCAGAAGAAGCUGCACAGCUUUCUGGAACAUCUGUUUAGCCAGGUGGAAUCCAUCACCAGCAUGCUGAGAGGAGCAGUGGUGACUCGGGCGUUCGAGCAGACAAAGUGCUUCACACCUGGAAGAGGAUUACAAGAGUUUCAGCAGGAGAUGGAGCCGAAGGUGAACUGCACCAAAAAGCUGCGUCUUCAUGUCAAGCAGGAUCCCUGGAACCUUCCCAGCAGCGUUCAGACCCUCACACAGACCAUCGCUAAAUAUGUAGAGGAGGUGAAGACACGUCUGCUCUUGGUCUUACUACAGUAUACAGACUCUGAGAUCCAGUUGCGUCGAGAUAUGGUGUUCUGUCAGUCUCUAGUUGCAGCUGUGUGUGCCUUCUCAGAGCACCUACUGGCUGUCCUCAAUCAGUUCAACAAUGUAGGCAGGGAGUCGGACCAGGACAGCUCGGACCCCCAGGACCUUCAGGAGGCACAGGAAGCCAGCCACCGUUGGCUGGAGCAGAUCGCCAGCGCUGGGCUUCUCUUCCAUUUCCAGUCCCUCCUCUCCCCCAAUCUGACUGACGAGCAGGCCAUGUUGGAGGACACUCAGGUGGCUUUAAUUGACCUGGAGAAGGUCACAUUCUACUUCCAGCAAUUUGAAGGGGAGCCACUGGUGGCCAACACGCCCAUGUCAUACCAUGUGGAGGGCACCCGUCAGGCCUUGAAAGUUUGCUUCCACCUUGAGAGUUUCUACUUCUCCCAGCUGCCUAACAGGCUGAAAAACGGAGGAGGCAUCAAAAUCUACCCUGUGCUCUUCACACAAGCGCUGGAGAGUAUGGAGGGUUACUACUACAGAGACAACGUGUCGGUGGAGGAAUACCAGGCCCAAAUCAAUGCUGCCUCGUUGGAAAAGGUCAAGCAGUACUACAAGAGACUGAGGGCUUUCUACCUGGAUCAGUCCAACAUGCCGCCUAGCUCCGCACCCAAAGCUGCCCUCGUCGACAAGCUGAUGCGCCCCCUUAAUGCUCUGGAGGAGCUGUACCGUCUGAUGGAGAGUUUUAUCAGUUGUCGCCGCACUGCUGCCUGUCAGUACACCGCCUGCGGGGCUUCUGGAGUGGGGCUGCUCUCUGUGGCCUCUGAGCUCUGCUCACGUCUGGGAGCCACACACAUCGUCAUGUGCAACAGCGGUGUUCACCGCUGCACCCUGAGUGUGACACUGGAGCAGGCCAUCCUGCUGGCCCGAAACCACGGCCUGCCUCCUCGCUGCAUCAUGCAGGCCACUGAUGUCAUGAGGAAACAGGUAUGUUUCACACACACGCACAGCACUACACGUGUACAUCGCCUCCGUCUUUAUUCCUACUCAGCCUUCUGUUAUCACUGCUACAGUCUUUUUUGCCUGCUACAGUCCCCGCGGUGACAUUUUCUCACUUGGAGUGAAUUUGUGUUUCAAUCUCUGCAUCCAGAAUCAUUAGAUAAAACUGUUUGCUUCAUUGAGUCAAAUGUUGGCUGCCAACAGCAUCGAGGAGCAGCUCUGCAUUCCCUCUGACCAAAUGAGGCAGUAAAAAAAGAGCAAUGAGAAACUGAACAGAUUGGUUGGGAGUCUGGAGCUUGUUUGUUUGUCAGCAUGUCUAUAUGGGGUCAAGGGAAGAAAUUCCAAUUACUUUCUCAGUGCGUAAACAU